UUGCGUUGAUUUCUUGUUGUCCAAUAUGCUUUUCCAUAUUGUCUUUUCAGUGCGUCGAUUUUCUUUUAAUUAGUCUUGCACAGUUGUUUUUGUCGACGCUCCAAUUGCAGUGACAAUUGACUAUUACAGGCUCAGUCACAACUCCAACGGCACGUACAAGCUUACAACUUAUUUGUGUGUUUGUUAAUUUGAUAGCAAACAUAUUUUAAUCAACCGGAAUCAAUACAAUAAAUAUAUAUGCAGGUACUUCAGCUAAAUCCCGCAUUUUCCAACACCUUGUCAGUUGCAUUAAAGUCGUCAUCAUUGCUCCCCAACCAGUAAGCAGUACAAUGAAUGGCCAAAGCUAUGAGCUGAACCAUACGAACGGUGAUAUUAUAUCACAAAAUCAGCAAAAGGGCUGGUGGACAAUUGGCCUGAUUAAUGGCGCACACAGGUAUAUGACGGCCGAAACUUUCGGUUUCAAGCUGAAUGCGAACGGCGCCAGCCUGAAGAAGAAACAAUUGUGGACAUUGGAGCCAUCGAAUACCGGCGAAAGUAUUAUAUAUCUACGAUCUCAUCUAAACAAAUAUCUAUCGGUCGAUACAUUCGGCAAUGUACUCUGCGAGAGUGAUGAACGCGAUGCCGGCAGCCGUUUCCAGAUUAGCAUCAGCGAGGAUGGUACUGGCCGUUGGGCAUUGAAGAACGAAUCACGUGGCUACUUCCUUGGCGGCACACCCGACAAACUUGUCUGUACCGCAAAAACCCCCAGUUCCAGUGAGUUCUGGACAGUACACUUGGCUGCCAGGCCACAAGUGAAUUUACGUUCAAUUGGACGUAAACGUUUCGCUCAUCUAUCCGAAUCACAAGAUGAGAUACACGUCGAUGCGAAUAUCCCAUGGGGCGAAGAUACUUUAUUUACAUUGGAAUUUCGCGCAGAUGAGGGCGGACGCUACGCUUUGCAUACAUGCAACAACAAGUAUUUGAAUGCUAACGGCAAACUGCAAACUAUUUGCACUGAAGAUUGUCUUUUCAGCGCUGAAUACCAUGGCGGGCACUUGGCGCUGCGUGACAAGCAAAGCCAGUAUCUUUCACCAAUUGGCUCUAAGGCUGUGCUAAAAUCGCGUUCCUCUACUGUGACACGUGAUGAACUAUUCUCGCUGGAAGAUUCCUUGCCGCAAGCAUCAUUCAUAGCUGAGCUGAAUUCGCGUUAUGUGUCGGUGAAACAAGGGGUCGAUGUGACCGCAAAUCAGGAUGAGGUGGGAGAGAAUGAGACAUUCCAAUUGGAAUUUGACUGGUCUGCCCACCGCUGGGCGUUGCGCACGACACAAGACCGUUACUGGUGUCUGUCAACUGGUGGUGGCAUACAAGCCACUGGCAAUAGACGUUGUGCUGAUGCGCUCUUUGAACUGGUCUGGCAUGGUGAUGGCUCACUAUCGUUCCGCGCGAACAAUGGCAAAUUUUUGGCUACCAAACGUUCAGGACAUUUAUUUGCCACAUCAGAGAGUAUUGAGGAAAUAACAAAAUUCUACUUUUAUUUAAUAAAUAGACCCAUUCUUGUACUUAAAUGCGAACAGGGCUUUGUUGGUUAUCGCACGCCUGGCAAUCUCAAGCUGGAAUGCAAUAAAGCCACAUAUGAAACUAUUUUGGUGGAGCGCGCCCAAAAAGGUUUGGUUCACUUGAAGGCACAUAGUGGUAAAUACUGGCGCAUUGAAGGCGAAGGCAUCUCAGUUGAUGCGGACGCGCCAGCUGAUGGCUUCUAUUUGGAGUUGCGAGAACCGACUAGAAUUUGCAUAAGAUCGCAAACUGGCAAAUAUUUGGGCGCCACGAAAAAUGGCGCUUUCAAGUUGCUCGACGAUGGCAGCGACUCGGCCACACAGUGGGAAUUCUAAGCGGUAUUAACGGCUUAAUGGGCUGGGUGAUUGCUUAAUUCAUAAUCCUGUUAGUAUGUAAUUUAUAUGCAUACAUGCAAAAGUAAAUGAUAACAAAGAACACAAGUGUUUGCCAAUAAUGAAGGUGGAAAAGUUUAUGUUCGCACACGCAUAAAUACACAUACAUACAUUUAAGUGAACUGACAAAGUGAGUCAAAAAGGAAGAAAAAAGUAAAAGAAAAAUUAAAAUUAAAAUAAAAUAAAAAUCAAUAAGAAAUAAAAUUGAUGAAUCAAAAGUGGUUAAGAUAAAUCAUAAUGAAUUAAUAAAUUAAAUACAAAACGCAUGCAAUUCUUAAAUAAAAUAAAUAAAAAGCGAUGAAACUAAAUAAAAUACAAUACACUGCAAUUGGCGAUUUUAGAAAGCAAACACAAACAUACAUAAAUAAUAAAUAUAGCAUUAAAAGUAAUUUGUACGAAAUAUGGUAAUAUGGCCCUUUGAAGGGUACGCUUUUACAUACUUGCAUACCUACAUAUACCAUAUAUUCACAUCAUCAUAUUUUUAUACCGUAACGGCGAUGAAAAGAAUUAUGAAAACCCUAAAAUAUAAAUGCAACUAAACAAAUUGCCAACAAAAACAGGAAACGCACAAUUUUUUACACACUUUUUAUACAGCAACAAAGUCUAGCUUUUAUACCAAGAAAAAAAAAAUUAACAAAAAUUGUCAAAUUUGCACUGCCUCGAGGACAAGUGGAAGUGGUGCGGCGACAUACAUUCGGCUCAACAUACCUAUGCAUAAUAACUCAGUUCCUCUACUGCUGUAGCUGUAGCUGUCAAACACACAAUAACUCUUCAGCUUCAAAAUAAAAGGUUUAUAUUUUAUUAAUUUUACUUAUUCUAAACACAUUCAAAAUAUUCAUACCAUCUGCCUCUUCAGACCUUUUUUCUUUUCUAAAUAUCUCGUCCUUUGUGAUUUAAUACUCAAACGAAAAACUUUUUAAAAUAGGUUGAUACACAAAUAAGCGCAAAUUGCCUGGCAAUGGCAUCGUGACAUUUGCAAUGUCACCAUGGCAGCACAACAGCUAAAUGUAUAUAUUUGUCAAGUGAACUUUAAAAUGCCGCGAAGCCAAGCCACUCGCACGUAAAUGUAAACUGCGCUGAUGUGAUUUUUAGUAUUUGCUUUCGACCCAUUUCGAUUUGAUUCAACAGACUUCAAAAAUUUCCAAAUCUAGCACUAAAGGAAUAUUGUGUAUAGUACAUUAAACUGCGGCAUUGAAGAAAUAGACUGCGAUACAACAAAGCUAAUGUUGUGGCUUAUAAAAAUCAAAUCUAAUAAACGGCUCAUACUAACGGCCCAUUAUUAAUCUGAGUUAAACCCAUGCCCAAUAAAUUGUCAAUAAAAUAAGUUCGGUAUAACUAUUGCUUAAAUUAAAAUUCCCCAAGACUCAUAAUGGAUUGUUCCCAAUAACAUGCUGAAGGGCUAACACAUUGUUAACAUGUGACUUAUACUUAUAUAUACUCUCAUUACUUAAAGUUGGUAAAUAGGAAACGUAAAUAUAAAGAAAACCCCUGCGUUCCUCGAAUUCACACAAGUAGUUGGCCCAUAAUAGUACAGGUCUCCUGCAACUGAAUAAGCGAUGCCUGACGAUUACAGCGAACUGCAAUCAGCUGCCCCCUCUGCUACAUCCAAUUUUAACAGCAUCUCUUUUUUUGCGGAAAAUUACGUAAAGGUUCGUAUCGCAAAACGCAGCACCGAAAAAGUUUGAGUUAAUCCAAGUCUCAGUUACAACAAAAACGCCAUAUUCACCAUAUGAGCGCAGCAGUUGCACGUCGUCGGACUUACUUUUGAAGUCCAACGUUUUCAUAAUAAAUUUGUAUGUGGUUAUUAGGACUGGUACGUGCAACUCAUUCUGAGGCGGUUGCAAAAAAAAAUGAAAACGAAUAAAUACGCUAACAAACCAAUUUUAAGCUCAAGCCGUUUUUCAUAAUUAUAUCCAGAUUCGCCCCUUUUUUAACGUGCUUUGAGCUUAAAAUAUGCUUCUUUUCUAUUUCAUAUUUUUCCGCGCAUCCAGUAACAUUAUCAGUUGACACCGUGGUUCGUUAUUCACACCCUAUCUAACUCCACGUGAUUGAUUUCGCUUACGCUUAAUAUUUUCACUCUCAACAGAAAACCAAGCAGAAUAUGAGCGCACCGCUAGAGUGUUUGAUCGGUGAGAAGUAAUAAGCUGCGAUGGCAAAUUAUUGUUUGAUACAUUAUUUUCGUUACUAGUGCAAGUACUUAUAUCACUGCAAGCAAUUGAAAGGCCAGGUAACUCACAGCUAUUGCGAACAAAAAGCAAUACAAGAAAUUAAUCAUCUGACACGACAGUUGACAGUUCUAUGUUACUAAAACGACCUGGACCUGACCAUACAUGGGGAAUGUUUAUGCCGCUACAAGAACAACAUGAAUCAUCUGAUUUCACAAGAAACAAUUUAAUAAAUAACAAAAAAAACCCCCCAUCCCUGAUGGUCUGCUUUUUUUAUCCUUGAAUUAGUGCAAUGAAAAUCUGUUAAAUCAAAGAUAUCCUCCAAAUGAGUUUCACAUUUUUAAUAUUUUUUAUGUGUGAGUAGGUAUGUAUGUGUGUUCGAAAUUUAUGGUAUGUCAUCGAAAAGCUCUUUUUCGAUUUCACCAUUUUAUAAUCCAUGCCUCAACGAGUUGCCGCACACCCGCUUGUCUGUCUUAUUGUAGUGUGCCGAUUAAUAAAAAUGCCAAUUUUGUGAGUCCUUCCGUUGCAAAUAUUUUUAGAAAACAAAAAACAAAAUUUAAGGGAAAUGAAAUAAAUAUUAUAUAUAAAAAUUAAAUAAAAAACAGAGUUUGGCAAUGAAUUUUGAAGCGUUUGAACGUAAAAUUGUUUAGAUAUAUUAUAUAUGUAUGUAUAUUAUUAUUAUUAUACGCAAAAAAUGUCGAAAUUCCCAAUUUUAUUGAGCAUGCGUGAAUAUUUUAAAAGCUUUUUAGCAAUUUUAAUCAGAAACUCCUCCAAUAUAUGCGUACAUAUUCCUAUUAAAAAAUUACAAUCUACAUUUUAUAUAUCGAUUAUAAGUAAGUUACAUGUAAUACAUCCAAAUGCAUACAUACAAACGAGUUUUGAGGGUAUACAUACGUGUGUAUGUAUGUAGUAUGAAAGGCCAGCCUAGCACUGGCCGCAAAAAUAGAAACAAGAAAAAAUCUUAAAUGAGCGUAAAGCGUAAAAAAUAUGCGUGAGAGAAAAAGAAAAACAAAAAACAAAGUAUGUAGAGAAGGAACAAAAUUGUAUUAUAACUUAUAACUGUGGUCAACUGACCUUUAUGUACUAGAAUCGCAAUCAGUUCAGCAAUUGAGUUCCAUACGAUUUGCAGAAAGCGCUUUGAAAAAGGAAGUUUGCAAUAUUUUUAUUUGUGUUUUUUUUUACAUUUAAUAGUUUUGUUGGAUUAUCAUAAAAUUUUAAUUAAUAUUAGUCCAUUAUGCAUAAAUAAAUACCUUAUUUAAAUUACUGCGCAAAUCCUAUGAUAUGUAGACAUUUUUUUUUUUUUUUUUUUUUUUUUUUUGUAAUUUUAAAAUAAUGUUUCGUCUUAUGUUCACAUAUUUUAUUAUAAAUAAAUUAAAUCUUGUUUCUAUUUUUUAUAAAUACAUUAUAUUUUCAUAGUCAUAAUCCAGAUUUAAAAAACCGAUGCUCUCUUUCCUAUAUUUAGUUGUGCAUGUAUGGUACAAGCUUAGUUGCCUAUCCAUGUCCAUUUUGGUUUAAGCCUUUCCGUUUUGAAUCUCAGUAUAAUUUUUCAAUUGAAUAGUUUGUAGUUUCACUGCGUUGUUCAUGUCACUCAAUUAGAUUUUAAUAUCUGAAAUUACAUAUUUCAGCUCACCUUAAUUUCACAUUAUUUAUAUCAUUGUGUUUGCAUUCGCGCAAAAUGCUGUGGCAAAGGAUGAAACCUAAAAUCUAUCAACAAAUUUAUUUAUAAUAAGAAAGUAGAAGAUUGUGGUUAUAAAAUACUUAAGAAUUAAAGAAAGAGCAAAUGUGAAACUAAACGCGAUAUCAAUAUCAAUAAAGGACCCUUAUUAUAUCAUGUAUUCAUAAUCUAAAA